CAUAUGUUUUAUGCGUGUAAAGUUAAUUUGCUAUCUAUUAUCACAGUCUGGACACAGGGAGUCUGUGGGGGGUGGUGUCAGUGCGCCUCCUGCCUGAGGCUCCGCUCCUUUGGACCAAACUUUCUUCUGGGAUUCACAGAGACUCAACUGUUGCACAGACUGUCACUCAGUUCAGCGGACAGCCUGACCUGCAGCUUCCCCAAACAUGAGUCCACCUGACCCUCGGGUUUCACUCACUAAGACUGGUCAAGCUUCUUCUUCUUUUGGAUUGGACUGUAUUUUGUCACACAAGUAUAGUUUCCUUGGGUCCAAGUAAUGGAAUUAAAUUCUGUCCGGAGUCGCUGUUUGAGGAAAGGUUGAUCAACUUCACGCAUGAACCGUCGCGGGACGCCUUCAGACACCGCAGCUCAUCAUGAUGGAUGAAACAUCGCCUACAACGGGGAAUACAAAUAACUGGAAGGCUCUUUAAGAAGGCGACUGGAGACUUGCGAGAUUGGCAGAACCCAUUAAGGAGCAGUCUGUAAAAGCAUAUCCAGGCACAGCUACAUCCAAGAAUGAGGAUCAAAUACACAAUAUCCAUCGUCUUUUUUGUGGCACUUGUUAUCAUUGAGAAGGAAAACAACAUUAUCUCAAGGGUGUCAGACAAGCUCACCUUAAAGCAGACCCCCCAGACGCCUCUACAGCCGAGCGGUUUGUCCCACAUUCUGCUGAAGCACAAUGGAUCCUUGACUUCACUCAGCAGGAUGGACUCGGCCUUCACGCUGAUGAAACGGCGUCUGGAGAACUACAGCCAGCACCAGGAGGUGUCAACGAGGGGCAGGAAACACAUUCUCCUGUUAGCCACCACCAGGACAGGCUCCUCGUUUGUGGGCGAGUUUUUCAACCAGCAAGGUGACAACAUGUUCUACCUGUUUGAGCCACUGUGGCAUGUGGAGAAGAUGUUGACGCUGGAGACAGGUGGCACCAACGCCACAGCGGCGGCCAAAGCGUACCGGGAGGUGCUCCAGCAGCUCUUUCUGUGCGACUUCUCGUUGCUGGAAAGCUUCAUCGAGCCGCUCCCUGUGGACCACAUCACCACCGCGCUCUUCCGCAGGGAGUCCAGCAGCUCUCUCUGCGAGGAAUCGGUCUGCAGCCCCGUUGUCAAAGGGGUCUUUGAGCGUUAUCGCUGCAGGACCAGACGCUGUGGGCCUUUGAAUUUGACCAUGGCGUCUGAGUCUUGCCUCCAAAAGGAGCACAGGGCCAUCAAGUCAGUGAGGGUGCGUCAGCUGGAGAACCUCCGCCCUCUGGCUGAGGACCCACGUCUCGACGUGAAGUUCAUUCAGCUGGUUCGGGAUCCUCGGGCAGUACUUGCGUCACGCAUGGUCGCAUUCGCAGCCAAAUAUAAGAACUGGAAGCAAUGGGCUAUGAAUGGGGAUGUGCCCCUUGAUGAUGAUGAAGUGAGAAAGCUGAAAGGGAACUGCGACAACAUCAGGAUGUCUGCUGAGAUCGGCCUCAGACAGCCUCCGUGGCUGCAAAGGCGUUACAUGCUGGUGCGAUACGAGGACAUCGCUCGGUUCCCAAUGAGGAAGGCGACAGAGAUGUACAGGUUCACUGGAAUCCCGUUCACUCCACAAGUGAAAUCCUGGAUCCUGAGGAACACCCAGGCCUCCAAGGAGACCAGCGGUGUUUACUCCACACAGAAAAACUCUUCAGAACAAGUAGAGAAAUGGAGGUUCAGUUUACCUUUCAAAAUAGCUCAGGUUGUGCAGAGAGUUUGUGGGCCAACGCUGAAGCUUUUUGGGUAUAAAUUUGUAAGCAGUGAAAAAAUGCUAACAGAUAAGUCUAUCAGUUUGAUUGAGGACAAAGUGUUCAACUUUUUAUAGACUUCGACAGACAUGAACCCGGAUGCAGGAAAUCUUUUAGAAAACUCUGGAAUGACUGAUAUUUAUUAGGAUUUUUAUCCUGAUACAGAGAGCUGUAUAUUUUCUGAUAGUGUGCUAUUUAAAUUUUUUUACUAUUUAAAAUAGUUUGAUGAAGAAAAUGUAUCGUUGAGAGGGAAAUUGAUAUAAAGCUUUCUACUGUUGAAGCUGUAUGUUGAGACUUUACCUACAGGUAUAGGAUGGUGAAAAUAGGAAGCUAUGUUUGUUUUGCACUCCGGACUAUUUUCUCUGUCCAAACUGUAUCAUUGGCUUGUCCCGCAAACCUUUCCAAAUAUAACUCCUUAGCAAAUAUAGAAAAGUCCUGAGGGAGAUAGCUGUGGGUUUAUGAACAAGAAUGGACUGUUUCUAACACUUCCACGAACCUCCAUUGGUUAUUUUUGUUAAGCGACUUCUGAGUUAGCGUCAUACAGUAGGCUGCUUUUACACCAAAGAAACUUGAAAUGUUAAUGCAUAGCCAAAAAGAAUUAAUUGCUUUGUAUCACAGUGCUCAUGGCAGGAAGGGUGUGUUUUGCCAGGUAUUUUUUCUCCGCAUGAGAUUUGGAAGUAAUGUCCCAUGUUAAGUUAUUUAUUUCUGCUCUUUACUGAAAGUCAUAAUGACUCUGAAUGUGCUCCACAGGUUUUCCCCCUCUGUAGGGUGACUCUUCUUGCACAUGUAUUCUGAACUUUGCUGUAUAUGCAUGUUUAUAAUUGGCCAAAAGUUGUUUGAAGUUGUCCUCAGGAUUGUAAGGACUCAUUCUGUAAAAACAGAUGUUUACACUGCCACUGUAUGCAAACAUUCCAACUGCAGCUGGUUUGCAGGAUUGUGUGAGGUUUGUCGGCAGGUCUGUCUGUUGACACAAGUCUGUUGGCUGGUGGUAAAAAGAAGCCCCGAUACUCUGGCCCAACAGACUGUUCGCUGAUGUUCCAGUCUCUUUUAACAUUUUGAUUGUAACGAUAAACUUUCCUUUACAUUAAA